AUGUCCGCCGGUAUCUUAGACAUCUUUAAGCUAUUUGCUCCAUACCUCCCAGAGGUUAGAGCCCCAGAGAGGAAAGUCCCUUACAACCAGAAGAUCAUUUGGACAGCCGUGUCCCUGCUGAUUUUUUUGAUCUUGGGACAGAUCCCACUUUAUGGGAUCAUCUCCAGUGAGACAUCAGACCCACUGUACUGGUUGCGUGCCAUGUUGGCCUCUAACAGAGGUACGCUGAUGGAAUUAGGUGUCACUCCGAUCAUCACCUCGUCCAUGAUCUUCCAGUUCCUGCAGGGGACACAGCUGUUGACCAUCCAGAUGGACAGCAAGCAGGACAGGGAAUUGUUCCAGAUCGCACAGAAAGUAUGUGCGAUCAUCCUCACUUUUGGCCAGGCUGUCGUUGUCGUUCUUAGCGGGAACUACGGUAACCCAAAGGAUAUCGGGAUCGCCAUUUCUCUGUUGCUCAUCUUCCAAUUGAUGUUUGCAUCCUUUAUCGUGUUGCUAUUGGAUGAAUUGCUCUCCAAGGGGUACGGGCUAGGGUCCGGUAUCUCUCUGUUCACGGCUACAAACGUCGCUGAACAAAUCUGUUGGAAGGCAUUGGCACCUACAACGGUUAACAGCGGUCGUGGUAAAGAGUUCGAGGGUGCAAUCGUCUCCUUCUUCCACCUGUUGGCAGUCCGGAAGGAUAAGAAGCGUGCGCUUGUCGAGGCCUUCUACAGAGCAAACUUGCCAAACAUGUUCCAAGUGUUGUCUACCGUGUUUGUGUUCCUUUUCGUCCUGUACUUGCAAGGGUUCAACUACGAACUGCCAGUCAGAUCUACGAAAGUGAGAGGCUCCGUUGGCUCGUACCCAAUCAAACUGUUCUACACUUCCAACACCCCAAUCAUGUUGCAAAGCGCAUUGACCUCAAACGUAUUCCUCAUCUCGCAGAUGCUGUACCAGAGGUUCCCAUCAAACCCAAUCAUCUGCACUUUGGGUGUCUGGGGGAUCAAGCCGGGCACACAGGGACCACAGGUCGCGCUCAGCGGGCUCUCGUAUUACAUGCAGCCAAUUUACUCGCUGAAGGAACUUCUAAUGGACCCAAUCAAAUCCGUCGUGUACAUCGCCUUCGUGCUGGGUACCUGUGCCUUGUUCUCCAAGACGUGGAUUGAAAUUUCGGGCACCUCGCCAAAGGACGUCGCCAAGCAGUUCAAGGACCAAGGGCUCGUCAUCAACGGUAAGAGAGAGGUCAACGUCUACAGAGAACUCAAGAGGAUCAUCCCCACCGCCGCAGCCUUCGGCGGUGCCACUAUCGGCGCCCUCUCUGUUGGCUCGGACCUGCUGGGGACCCUCGGCUCAGGCGCCUCCAUUCUGAUGGCUUCAACCACCAUCUACGGCUACUACGAGACCGCCGCAAAGGAGGGCGGGUUCACUAAGAACCUCGUCCCUGGCUUCUCUGACAUGAUGUGA